CGUAGAUGAUAAUAAAUAUUUUACUAUAUAGUUUUGAUCUUUCGUUUACUUCGUUCAGUUACUCGUGCGCCCAUUGCAGUAUUGUUGAAACGUUUGAUCGCUUAAGUCAACAUGGCUGACGAUGCCGAAAUGGAAAUCGUAGAGGAAACGACCGAUCCGUCGUUGGAUUCCUCUAGGGUAGGGACUGAAGAGAACGAAGAAGGUAAUGCUGUUGUGUACAAACUACACGAGGAGAUUGACAACUUGAAUCUGGUUCUUGAUCAUUUGGAACGCAAGAAUGGUGACAUUUAUACACGAAUUGAACAGCUACUAGCUACAUUCCAACAAAACAAGUCCGAAGAAGAUGACGAUGAAGAUAAAUAAUGUAAAAUUCGUUCUGUCUAAGUACAGUCAAUGGCAAUGAAAGACCGAUGUUAUUAACAAUAAUUUAAUUACAUUUUUUAUUUAUUCUGUUAACUGUAAAUCAUUUGGGUUAGUCUUUUAAAAAUAGUAUUUAGAAUAUUAUGUUGUUUACACAAAUAUGUUAUGUUUAUGAUCAGUUUUUGAAAACUUCCCAUGAAUAAUUUAUUUGGUUAUUGUGAAUUAUAGGAUUUGUGAUAUAAAUAUCUGGUAUACCUUAGAGAAGUUAUUGUUAUGCAGUUAAAUGUUUAAGUGAGUGAUAAUUAUGGAUCAAAGCUGUUUCCGUAUGGUUCUUUAUAUUUUCAUCUGGUUUUCAUUAACGUUCAAUUUGUUUGAUUUUCAAUCAAUGUUAUAAGAAUAAUAACAAUACCUAUCAAAUGUUCAAAAGUAUUAAUAAACUGUUUGGGUAUUACAGUUUUUAUUAUGGUUUUUUAGUUUGUUUCAGAAAUUCAAAAAUAUAUUAGUUUGCUCAAGAAUCAUUAUGCAUCUCUGCCACUUAAGGCAUUUAAUUUUAAUAGUAAAUUACAUAAUGCUCGUGAUUUAACUUAAAAUCAUUGCUGUGAAUUUUAUAUGUGAGAAUAUCUACUUCCCAUGUAUUUAUUUAGAAUUGAAUUUUUCCAUCAGACUAUAUUUUGUAAUGAAAUUAGUUAUAGUGUAUUGUUCUGUUAGAUGUAUAACUAUAU